AUGAAGUUAUUUUGCCACUUCAGUGAAGAUAAGUUACGAGAAAAAUUGGUCAGUUUGGUCCACAUGCGCGCCUCUACAGCGUCUGUUGAAGAGUUGUACAAGUUCAUUGUACAUCAUAAACAAAAAACCAAACUAAUCAUUGAUACUUGGGCGAGUGAAUUAUACAAAGCAAAACCAUACCACAAAUUGUACUUCAUGGUGCUGGCAAAUAAAAUAAUUCAAGAAGCAGAAAAGAGCGCACCGGAACUGGUACUUGCUUACAAAAAAUGUCUUCUGAUGGUAUUUUUCCAUUUGAAAAACUCACGAGAAGAUGACUACUUGAGAAACGGCAUAACUGUGAUAUUAAAAAAUUGGUCGGAGUUGGGAAUUUGUAGCGAUUUGGUAGAAGCGGCCAAAGUUGUUUUUAAUGAUCUACAUAUCAGUGAACAUUAA